AUGUCUGAUGAAACUGUAAUUGCAAGUGCCUUGAAAAAUUUUAGUCGUAAUUCAAAGUCUGAUGAUAAAGAUAACAAUCAAGACGGUAGUGAGACAGAGGAUGGAGAAUUUGGGAUGUCUACUCAAUUCGAUAAUAUUAAUACAGAUGAUAUAGAGUCAAUUGCAUCAGAUACACCAGAAAAAAUUGAAAUUUCAUCAACGGAAUAUUUAAAAAAUAUACCACUAUGGUCAUCAACUAUUGAAAUAGUUGGAAGAAUUGAAGAGAUUGUUGCGUCAAAAGAAAUUACUUUUCAAAAAACCGGAGGAAAAGGAACAGUCUUCAAAUUUGUGAUUGCUAAUGAUGAUGGUACAAGAAUUAAAAUUUUAAGUUGGGAUGACGAAAUAAACAGAGUAAUUCCAUUUAUAAGUAUUGGCUCGAUUAUCCACAUCGAUGGCGCGUUUUCAAAACCCAUUGACUCUAAAAGUAGAUGCUACAACUCCGGAAGUGUAGACAUAGAAUUGAAGGUAGAAUCUAAUACCAAAAUUAAUGUAUUAAAAAGGAUGAGUCCCAGAGAAGUACCAACACUUGAAACUUUUCAAUACCCACUCAUUACUAUUGAAGACUGUGAGCAGUAUAUACAAAAAAAAAUACGUUUUCAAGGUUGGACUAAAACUAAUUUUGAUGUGGUGAAGUUAAGAACUGACGAUUCUUUUAAAUGCUGUGGUUCAAUUGCCGUAGGCGAUGGCUAUAAAAUUGAAAUAAAACUUAUUAAUUUCCAACAGCCAUUCGAAAGUCCUUUCUCCAAAGGCGAUCACGUUGAGGUCACUGGGAUUAUGAAAAACUAUUACGGUCGCGCAAUGAUAAUGAUUGAUUCAAUUGAUGCUGUUGAAAUUAUUGAUGGAUGUAAAAUGUCUUUAUCACUCUUAAUUAAAUCUAACAAGGAGAUCAAGUUCCAAAACCAAGAAGAGUUUCCUUUCAAAAAACAGAGACAAGUUUAA